GUCAGUUAACUCAGACAUGUUUACUGGAGGAGAAAAGGCGAAAAUCUGCCCUCAAAAUGAGACUGAGACACUCAAGAAGAAAGAGGAGUCACUGCAGACAAAGAAAGAACUUCUGAAGAAAAAGAUUGAACAGGAACUUCAGUUCAUAAAGACGACCAGCAGGAAAGACAGAAGAGUGGCUCUGCAGGCGCUGAAAAGAAAGAAGUGGUACGAGAAACACCUCAAGUAUAUUGACAGUGCUAUCAAGGCCAUUACGUCUGUUUAUGAGCACAUAGAUAUGGUCAACAAGCUGGAUGACCUGAUGAAGGACUUCAAGGAUGAGCACACUGAGAUCCUGGAGAUGUCAGACUGUCUCUACACCUCUUUGAGCCUUGGACUGGAAUCUGCUGAGGGUGAGCUGCUGGCAGAGCUGGAGCGACUGGAGAAGAACCUGGAUCAGAGUCUUGCUGAGAAAGAAAAUAUGGAGGAGAAGGUCUCUUGUUCAGAAGAGUCUUCCACUGCAUCCCCUUCCCUUCCUGCUAAGACCGAGGAAGAUGAAGUGGAUGAUCAGUUGGAGUAUCUGAGACGCUGGGCAAAUGACUCUCCAUAAACACACCACCAACAAAGACACAGCAGGAUUUAAAGGAAAAGGGAAGUAAAGGAGGAAAUAAAAAGCUUCAUUGUUCAUGAA